CGGAUCCCGGCGGCGACGCUCGUCUGCUCCAUCGCGUCGCUGCUGGGGCAGGGGCUGUUCUGGGCGCAGGCGCCAGAGGGUGGCCUCGAGCCGGGGGUCCUUGCCCCACCGCCGCCGCCUGGGCCAGAGGGCUCGGCGGUGGAGGAGCUGGCCCGAGCCGUGAAGGCUCUGCGGCUGGCCCAAGCGAACGUGACGAGCUGCGCGCCCUGUCCCGUCCUGUCGGCGCUGGAGUGCCCGGCCGAGACGGACCGCUGGGCAGAGCAGCUGGCGCUGGUGCUGCCGAGCCUGGUGGUGUGGGCCCUCUGGGGCCUCCAG